AUUGAAAAGGCUGGCUCCAUGGGAGAAAGAGAAAAGGGUUGGGCAACAAAGGAAAGUGGUGGAAGAAUGCGGAAUCUAUUGUGAGAUGAUUGUUGGUGGUGUGCCAGUCAUAUUGACACAACCCUGGAAGACUAAACUGCAAAUGAAAGAGGCAAGAGGACUAUCCUAACAGGUAGUUCUUACAGUGAUUCAGUUAAGAGAUGAGCAGUUCUAUUGUAAACAAUGAUGCAGUGAGAGCGAGAAGAUCGGUAUUUACCAGUGUGCAUCCUGUUCUGGGGGACUGGACCUGCUGCUUCAAGCAUGAAGCUCUUCCUUUUGAGUCCAUGAAGAAAAUCUGAAAGAACUUUUUUCUAUAUUUGGCACGAUACUUGACUGUCCGUUCAUUCAUCGAUUGUCCUUCAAAACUAUCAUGCUACUGUUUGAGGUGGUUUAAAUCUGGGUGUGUGCAUUUGAUGGGCUACAUCUGUAUUGAAUUGAACAUCUGUGGGCUUGCUUUGUCAUAGUCCUUUAAAUAAGAGUUGUUAAUGAACCACUUUUCUCGAUUCACUCUGCUGCUGUCCUUUGAGGAACAUAAGUGCUUGAUGUUUUUAAAAGAUUUGAAGACACCAUAUAUUGACAUCGGAUAGAUAUUGAAUUCAACCAUGGGAGGCCAAGACAGAUCUUCAAUCACAGCAUACCUUCAUCAAGUAUUGUUCAUCAGUGUGGUUUGUUACAGUGUAGUAUCCGCUCAGACUCCCCCUCCGACAGAGCCCCCAUCAUGUCCAAGUGGCUGCCAAUGUAAUUUUCAGACCCGGGUAGUUGACUGUCAGCGAGGAGGCUUCACCAGCAUAUCAACUACCUUUCCAUCAUACACCAGAACUCUUCUCCUCAGUGGUAAUAUUCUAAGAAAUAUUCUUGAGGACUCUUUUGUUGGUCUCUCGAACCUGGUAUCUUUGGACUUGAGCUCUUGUGAGAUAAGAACAAUUAGUCCGAGAGCAUUCAAUGGUUUGGACAACCUUCACACCCUAAACCUUCAGCUGAAUCACAUGGAUACAUUACCUUCUGGAGCAUUUGCAGGGCUCACCAACCUCAGAGAGCUAUAUCUGCAGAGGAACCAGCUGCAGAUAUUACCUGGUGACAUGUUCAAUGAUACAAUCUUUCUCUCAGAAUUGAACAUCGGUAAUAAUAGAAUUACUCAGAUACAUGCCGAUGCCUUCAGUGAUCUCUCGGUGCUAUGGGUUCUCAACCUGGCAUACAAUCAACUUGACAGCAUCCCUGAAAUGGCAUUGAAGAAUCUUACCAACUUGAAGCACUUAGCCCUAUCUGGAAACCCUAUUUCUACCAUCCCGCCAAUGACCUUUAGCUCCCUCACUUAUUUAAAUAUACUGUACCUUGAUAGCUUACAGCUGGAAUCGCUGGAGGUUGAUUCAUUUUUUGGUCUGCAAUCGGUCACUAACAUUGACCUAUCAUACAACCAACUCCAAACUCUGGAUCCAUCAACAUUUCAACUUCUGACUGCAUUGAAAACUCUACUCCUCGCAGGGAACUCAUGGAACUGUGAAUGUUCCCUCUUACCCUUGGUUCAGUGGCUCAAGCAGAGUACAAUCAACUACUACAGUCCUCUUUGGUAUUGUACAAAUCCCAAUGAACUCAGAGGCAUGGUUGUCUAUGGACUAGAGCAACACGACUUUGCAUGUGAGCCAACCAUUACUAAUCCUCCUAUUGACACGACUGUUGGUUACAGGAACAGGGUAUUCUUUCAAUGUGUAGCAAGGGGAGAUCCAACUCCAGAAAUCCAGUGGUAUCAACCUGAUGGCACCAGAAUAACAGCUACAUCCAAUGAGGAAAAUAUGUACACCGCUGUGAAUGGCAUUGUGCUUGUAAUUCAAUUUGCUGACAAAGAACACGUGGGUUCCUUUAACUGCACAGCUACUAAUGUGCAUGGCAGUGAUUCUGUAAAAUUUCAGGUUGACGUCACUGGUCUUCCUGAACCGGAAGUAACCACAAUCCCUGGAAGUACAGCGAGUGAUGGUUCUUCAACCACUGUGGAAGCAUCCAUAAGCACUUGCCUUAGUUAUACUUUGUCAAUCAUGGUGGAAUCUGUUGACGAAACAUCUAUUGUAGUUUCUUGGGUGCCUUUUACUGGGGAAAGAGAAAUCACAGGAUAUGUAGUACAGUCACACCUCUUUGGCGAUGAGCAAACAAAUUCAUAUUUCGUCAACAAAACAGAAGACAACUACGAAUUAACGAACCUGAUUUCAAACACAGGUUACACCGUCUGUGCUUCUUUUCUCAUUGACCACUGUCCCCUUGUGGUACCAAGAAGGCAAUGUAGAGAAGUGACCACCGCAGGCGUAAAUCCUACUAUAGCUGCAAUGCAAAGGAGACAUCGCCAAGAGAUUAUUGGUACAGUCCUGGCAUGCAUCCUAGGAACACUCCUCCUUAUGGCAACAAUUUUCUUCGUUCUCUGGAGAUACAGGAAACCCAAGACAUACAAUCAAUAUGAUUUCAAAGGCAACAAGGACACAGCUGCUUUUGCAGGAAUCCCUGAAGAUGCUGAAGGGUUCGCCUCUGGUUCUGUUACACCUAACAAGUACGAAGUGCAAAACGGAGCUUACAUCAAUGGAGGAUUGGACAUGUCAAUGGGCACAAGCAAUGAUUAUAGCAAAGACCCUAUUGGAGCAAGGAUGAGUAAUGACAACACUGUGAUCCAACACUCGGUUGACGUGCACUCCGAUGUGGAACCGACAGCAGGCUACCACAGUGACAACGUAGCGUCCUAUGAGAAUGUAACAACGGAUACCACUACUGUCUCCUUGAAGUCUACAAAUUCAGUAGUGUCAGAUGAUGGCUCGAGAGACACGCGAGAGCCAAAGGACAAAGCCUCUAAGGUGAAAAAGAGUCAAGCAUCUCUAAGCUCUGAUGAAGGUGUGGAGAAGGAUGGGGAGAUAGAAAUGACCGAUUUAAGAGAUGCACCACAUAGCAAUGGAGAUAUAAAUAUGGCAAAUGAAGACACAGAAUUGGUUUGGAAAGAAAUUGUAGUUCUUCCUACCGACCUUAGUAUCACAACAUCCUAUGUGGACUGAUGGUAAAAGUUCAUCUGAAAUAAACAGAUAUAUUUAUUUUUGGUUGCUCCAUGAUAAGCCCAUUUCUUUAUAGCAUCUGGCUAGUUAUUAAACUAAUGUACCGUAUGCUAUUCCAUUGGUGGCAGAGUCACGGUCACCAUCAAAAAGUUUUGUCCAUCUUAGCACAGUUCUAUUUCACAAUAUUAUACAAUAUAUCAUAUUAAUUGUUGUAACUUUUACUAUCAAAACCAUAAUAUAUAUAUAUACAUGUAUAUAUAUAUAUGGAUGCACUUUAUACCUUAUAAUUGCACUAUCUGGGGCUCAUACAAGACAGAGUUGCAUUUAAACAAAACUAUAAAAAAAAUCAAGCGCAAGUCCCUAAUACGCAUGUUUCAUUGGUCGGAAAUCAUGUUGCCUCUGAUUUUUAGAGAUGCUUUUGAUCGCAACUCUUCUUGAAAUGGACCCCCACAUGUAGGAAUUUUCCUAUAAGUAUUAUAGUUAAAUCAUUUUUUUUUGUCAACAUCUACAUUAAGGCAUUAUAAAAAUGCUUGAAUAGAUGUCAUCACCAAUUAUGAAAUUGAAACUUGCACAAAAUAAUCAAGCAACAGAAUAAACACAUUCUGAAUUAAACUUAUUGACACUCUCAAACUCUGUUACGUGCACAAUGAUCUUGAAAAGGCUUAGCUUGGCCCAGUAGCAUAAAGAGAUGACAAAUUGUACUAUUCAUUGUAACUGUACGUCUGUGAGAAUAAACCAUGUGUGGAAAGUUACAAGUUCAAUCUCAAAUAUUAAUUUCAUCUCUUUAUAUAACAAGGACCUGGGUGUUUCACAAAUAUUUAAGUAUGACUUACAGUCGCACUUUCAUGUAAAUGCCAAGGUAUAUGGUAUGCACAAUCUUAAUUGAUUAAUAAAGUAUGAUCUGACAACAAAAGUCACUGAACAUAAACACAAAAUUGUUCAAAGGCUGAACACAACAUGAUACAUGUACAGUGUAAGAUAUCGGACAGCCAAAUAAAGGCCUACAUGUACAAUUGCCUUCUUGUGCAAUCAAGGCCAAUUACACAAUAGAAUACUCGUGUUUACAAAGUACACAGUACUUCUUUGGGAAGAAAGAAAUGUUUUUAGUGGGUCAAAAUCUGUUUUUGAAAUGAGAAAAAUACUUUGACUUUAAUAUUUCACAAUAACUGACACUCUUUCUGGUAAAAAAAAAUAUAUCUUUAGAAUGUAUCAUUUAGAUACCACUUUUUCCUUAAAUUACAAAAAAAAAAUGAA